GUCGCAGCAUUUGAAGUUUGUAUUUGUUUGAAUGGUUCUUCCUUCCCUCUGCAAUCCAUAAUUUCCAUUUCUUCCUGAAUUUACUCGUACACGUUGACGGAUAUAAAAUGUGCUCUGGAAUGCAUAGACGAUUGUACAAAAUGCUGUGAGUCGCUUAUUAUGGCCACUGGAAGUCAUGUUGGAAGCAAUGCAGAAGUCCACAGACUAAAGCAGGCCCAGCCCCAUGAUCUUCUCAAACGUUUGGUUUGCUCUAGAGAUGAGAAGAACAUGAGGGAGGUGGAUUAUUUACUCCAGGACAAAACCGAUCAAGAGAGAUUUCCAGUGGGCCAUUGUGUUCACAAAUACAGCAAAGCAAAACGAGUGGUGGUUAGCAAGAAGAAAACGCGUCUCUUCGGUGUUGGAUCAGGAGUAUGUCGGAGAGCUUCCACUGCAGGGAGGACGUCUGACAUGGCAAACAAAGAAAAUGAACUAACCUGCGCUGAUGACGUCCAGGCUAUUCUUUACAGUGACGAUUGUGGGUUCUCUGUGAACUCAAUAGAGACUUCAAAAAUGGCAGCAGCUGGCUCCAAGUGUAGUGAUUGUUUUACUGAGUUGUCAAAGGAUCAUGAAGCAAUGACCCAUGUCCUCUUUGGAAGGAAUCUUAGACUGAAUGUUGCUUUGACUCUGUGGCGAAGAAAUGCAAGCGAACUAGUGGCAUACUUGAACAGAAUUCAAGACACAGGUGUGCUUGUUGACUUUUUGCCUAUAAUUACAAAAAGUCUUCAGGAAGAAGAGCCAUGCAUUUCGAUUGGCUGUUGUGUUGACCUUUUACCACAAGUGAAAGUGAUUCUUAACACUAAAUAUGAAGAACACCUCAUUGUAGCUUUACACUGGGUUCAAUCUGUCAUUAAGAAAUGGUGGCCUGAACUCCCCACAAACAAAAGCUUGCACGAUGGAGGUUCAAAUGACAGGAAUGUUCAGGCAAUGACGACGCUGCUGUUUGAACUGUGGGAGGGAAAAAGUCAGUUAAGCUCAGUUCCGGGAACUGUGGGAGAAACCGCCAAGGUCAUAGAAUCAUAUCUGGCACAAAUGCGCUGAUGCAUUAGUGUAGCACACUAAGGAGAUGACCACUACAUAUUCUUGGUGCAUUAUGUUAAGCUGCUCUUUGAGCAGUUUGGAUCUAUUGAAUCUAGAGCUUACUAGUGGCGAAUUGGGGAUUGAUGAACUGAACAAUUCACACACUCCCGUUCUCAGCACUGGAGGAGGAACGCUUCCUGCAGGCAUCGAAUGACUGCUUCACAUUGAAGUGGACUUGCUUAGGGGCACCUAAUCAACUCCAUGAGACUCUCUGGAAUCAGGCAACUAACUGAAGUGCCAAGCAGACAUUUUAACUGUUGCACUUGUAGUGCCAUGGUGAGAAUCUGCUUAAGUGGAUGUGAUUAUGUAUGUGUUCCUUUAUUGUAUGUUUUUUCAGUCAUGCACUUGAAUUCCAGGCGUUUUAAGUUAUAAGUAUGUUGUUGUCCAUUGACUGAUCAUGAAUGGAAUAUUUCAUGAAUGUAAUGUGUGUAGUUAUUUCUUUUAAUCACCUUUCAAAUAAAUUUACAC